AUGGCGCGGCGGCGGACCGACCGCGGCAGAACAAGGCGGGCAUUCGGGCCCGCGCUGGCCGGAUGUGGCCAGGGGUUAUCUGGCAGGAAGGACCCCACGCACCGAUACGAAUUAAUUAGCCCGUCUUUGGCCGCGCCCUGCCGCCCACAGCAGCCUCCCUGGUCAGCUGUGUAUCAAGAGAUCCGGCCGCUGCCAGAUGGGCACUGCAGUCGUUUCUUCGUCUCCACAUGCCGCGAGUAUCAGCAGGUCGGAAGGGUGUUCUGUUUUGCUACUAUACAGGACGAGUGGUGGGUUGGGGGCAAGAAGGGCUUACAACUUCCUAAAAGCCGCAAGAACUACAGGGCGGCGUUCCACGCGCCGCUCGGACACCCAGCGGCGCACCUGGCGCUGCCCGUUCCCGUCCCCGGGCUCGGCUUCGGCUUCCUGCCUCCGGGGCCGGCGCACCGCUUCGCCGCCUCCCUGGUGGUGUCACCGCCAGGUGCGCGCGAUCCUGUGGACCCCCGGGGUCUGCGUCACCACCAUCCACACCACCACCAUCACCACCACCACCAUCACCAAAGGCACAGCGAGGACAGCGGCUCGGACGGUGGCUCGCCCAAGAAAGACGUGGACAGCGACGACGUGUGCGGCGGCGGCGGCAGCAAGCGGCGGCGGUCGCGCACCAACUUCAACAGCUGGCAGCUGGAGGAGCUGGAGAGGGCCUUCCUCGCCUCCCACUACCCGGACGUCUUCAUGCGGGAGGCGCUCGCCAUGCGCCUCGACCUCAAGGAGUCGCGCGUCGCCGUGUGGUUCCAGAACCGGCGCGCCAAGUGGCGCAAGAAGGAGCACACGAAGAAGGGCCCGGGCCGGCCGGCGCACAACGCGCACCCGCAGACGUGCAGCGGGGAGCCCAUUCCGGAGGAGGAGCUGCGGCGCAAGGAGCGCGAGCGGCGCGAGAAGAAGCUGCUCAAGUCGCUGGAGCGCCAGCAGCGCAAGCUGGCCGCCAAGGGCGUCGCCGUCGACCUGGACACGCUGCGCCGAGAGUGGGAGGCCCAGCAGCAGCGGCAGCAGGCGGGGGGCGGAGGCUGCCGCAAGGCGGCGGGGGCGGCGGCGGCCGCGGCGGCGGCGGCAGCGGCGGCUGUCUCGCGCCACCAGCUGCUGUCGGCGCACGACUCGUCCAGCUGCUGCAGCAGCACAAACGCCUCCACGGCGACGGCCCGCGACGUCGAGAUCGACGUGGUGGGCGACCCCUCCGAGGACGAGGCGGCCGCCCACGCAGACCAGGCGCAGUUCGACUCCCCUAACUCCCACGCCACCCGGCCGGAAGACUACGGCUCCUUCCAGCCGUUCCAGCAACAGCAGUUCCACCACCACCACCAGCAGCCGCUGGACGUACCCAAGUCGCCGUCACCGCCCGCGUCCAGCGACGCGGCCAAGCAGCGCAGGCCCAACCCGUUCAGUAUCGAGUCGCUGCUGUCGCGACCCGACGACCGACACCAGCGGCACACGCCACCGGCGCCGACGCCGCCCCCACGCGACGCCGGGACGCUGUGCAGGCCGGCGCCCGUCUCGCUGAGCGGCGGCGUCCUCAUCGGCAGCAGGACGCCGCCCACCGGCUGCUUCAGCCACCUCAUCACUGGCUAG